AUGGUGAAGCUCGAGAUCUGCGGCAUUCCCGUGGAGUUCCCGUUCCCACCCUAUGACUCGCAGCUCAUCUACAUGGAAAAGGUGUUGUUGUCACUCACCUCCAAGCAGAAUGCCAUCCUCGAGAGUCCGACGGGCACCGGCAAGACGCUGUGUCUGUUGUGUGCUACCCUAGCGUGGCGUCGCGAGCUGCAGAAGAAGUUAGGAACAAGCUCACUAGCACCGACAAAGCGUCCGGGCGCAUCGCUGGCCUACGAGGGCUACGGCAGCGACGGAGAUCGCGACGCACCGCAACUACCGAGGAUCAUUUACUCGUCCAGAACGCACUCGCAGCUGAAACAGGUGGUGCAGGAGCUCAAGAACACAUCAUACCGCCCCAACGUUGCGGUUCUCGGCUCUCGAGAGCAUCUCUGUGUGAACGAAAAGGUAUCCAAGCUCCGAGGAACGAGACAGAAUCUCGCGUGUCGAUCUACAUGCAAAGACAGGAGGUGCAUGUACAAGUUGGGCUUUGAUUCGUAUGCGAAGCGGUCGAAGAAGCAGGCGCAGCCGAUUAUGGACAUUGAAGAGCUGGUGACGACGAUGAAGGAGAAGAUGAUAUGUCCUUUCUUCCUGACUAGGAAUAUGCUGCCUGAAGCGGAGAUUAUAUUUGUGCCGUACAAUUAUCUAAUCGACCCUUUGGCGCGUCGCUCGAUCGGCAUUUCUAUUGAAAACUCAAUCUUAAUUUUCGAUGAGGCGCACAAUGUGGAAUCGAUCGCCAGUGAAGCUGCAUCGUACGCGCUUUCUUCAAAUGACAUUUCUGGCUGCAUCUCAGAAGUUGACACGUUCAUCAGAGGAUUGUCGAACAACAGCAUACAACUGAACGCGGGAAGUAAUUUGACCAUGGAGUCCACCCAAACACUGCGAGCACUGUUCAUGGAAAUCGACAAAGGACUUAACAGCUUUCCGCUGUCGGCGAAUGGAGGGUUGACAAAGCCUGGGCAGUACAUUUUUGAGUUCUUCGAGCAAUUCAACGUGAACUUCGAGACGUGCCCGCUCGUUCUCAACAUGAUUGAAGAAAUUAUUGAAGUGGCACACGGUGGAGACGAUUCGCAGCGAGCUGCAUCAAAGCUCGAUACAAUACUUUCGUUCUUGGGCACCAUCUUUCGGAGUAAAGAGCAGCACCUACAGGCAGCUAAAAAUUAUAGAGUUCACAUUCAAGAAAUUCGAGAAAGGCCUUCAAAUGCUGGACGCCUGUUCAACUCAGGACGAAAAAAUAAGACCACUACCCGCGUGUUUAACUACUGGUGCUUCCACCCUGGGGUAGCUUUUCGUGAAAUUUGCACUAACAAUGUCCACAACGUCAUCUUGACCAGUGGAACACUUUCGCCGCUUGAUACGACUGUCAAAGAACUUGGUAUUGACUUUCCGGUGCGGUUAGAGAACAACCACGUAGUCGAUGCCGACCAAGUCUGGGUCGGUGUGGUGGGCACAGGUGUCACCGGGAAGAAACUCAAUUCGAGCUACAACUUCCGGUCCACCGAAACGUACCUGCUGGAGCUGGGCAACACGAUCGUGAACUUCACUCGCCUCGUCCCGCACGGCCUGCUGGUCUUUUUUCCUUCUUACUCCAUUUUGGAGGAGAGUGUCAACAAGUGGCAACGGCCUGCAGCGGGCGAGUCGGCUUUAUCCAUUUGGGACCGUAUUGCCCAGCAGAAGCAAACGUUUGUGGAGCCCCGAGGGCGAGCGGAUUUUAAGGCGGUGGUUGACGAAUAUCACCAAGCUAUCGCAGACAAUCCCAAGGGUGCUGUAUUUUUUGCAGUGUGUCGUGGAAAGGUGAGCGAAGGUAUCGACUUUUCAAAUGAUAAAGGUCGUGCGGUGGUUAUCACGGGUUUGCCUUUUCCUCCGACGAAAGACCCGAAGAUUAUUCUGAAAAAGAGCAUUUUGGACGAAGCCGUAGUGCCUCCGGGUGAACUGAAACUGACAGGAAACGCGUGGUACAUCCAACAAGCGUCGCGAGCAGUGAAUCAAGCUAUUGGUCGUGUCAUUCGCCACCGCCAUGAUUACGGAGCAAUCAUCUUGCUAGACGAGAGGUUUGCGUUGAAGCAGCAACAGGAGUGCCUGUCAAAGUGGUUGCAACCGUAUUGCCACACUUGCCGAGGAUAUGGUGAAGCGCACAUUGGUUUGACUCGUUUUUUCAAAACCAACAAGACAAGAGCAAUACCAGAAUCGGCGAAGAAGAUUCUGCAGCAACCGAAAACGAUUGGUUUAUCCAAAAGAGCGAUAUCAAGAACUUCCAAGGCAUCAUCUGACAGCGAAAGUGAGCAGAUUAGCGAGCAGCCAAGUGCGUCGCAGCUCUCAAGUUCUCAAACAGCGAUUGGAGAUGGCCAGUCCUAUGUAAAUCCACAGCUUCUUCGUCAUCCGUCUGAACCUUCGGAGGCAACUGAAGCUGAGAAGCGUAUUCUGCCAAUUCCUACGAUUCCAAGGCCAGCUGCGCCUCAAAAACGCUCACUAGGGUCGCUGUUGAUGUCCACAUCGAAGUCAGCGAUGGUAGACAUGACUUCAUCGAUUUCACGCCCGUUUACGGCACCGAAGAUGGUGAACGGCGGCGGCUCUGCUGACAGCGCUAUUGUUGUUGAUGAUGACGAUGCACGGUCGUGGCAAAGUGCGAAGCAGCAGUUUGCGGCUAAACAGGAGAUUGGACACGUUAUUUCAAAAGACGAUAAUGACAAGUUGUCUGCAGUCGAGUUUCCUGUAGUGGCAAGGAAAGUGCUUCAGCCUUCAGACGUGCCGAAAUUGUAUAGCUUCAUUCGACAGCUUCGUGCCGGGGAAGAUGUGGAAACAACUCUGAGUGGAAUCUGCAAUCUGCUGUGUGAUCCGGCGUGUAAAGAGCUGCUGGACUUGAUGCCGAAAGUGUUGAACGGUGCAAUGUGCGAUCGGUUUAUCGGGGCAGCUCGAGACUACGGGUUGGAAGUGUCGGUAGGUGGUAGACCUCAAGGCUCUUCAGCUCGCGCACGGCGUACAGACAUGUCGACAUUCUUCGAACGACUUCAGCAAAAGAAGAGAAAGAUUCAGCGCGAUCACGUUCCAACUGCGGCGGUCGUGAAAGACCCGCAGUGCUUUGUGUGCUACGACAUUACACGCAAGGCCUACGCUUCACAGUGCGGUCAUAUCUGCUGCCAUCCAUGCUGGAAAAAGAUGGAGAAAGAUGGAUUCACCUCUUGUCCAGUGUGCAAGAUCCCAAUCAAGCUGGAGCAGCUAAGUUUGAUUCGAGCAGCGAAAGAUUCGUCAGGACGCCAUGGCACGAGUUGA